GUUCAACACUAGUCAUAGACUACAUGAAUGUUAGCAGAGUAAAUGUCAAUUGUCUAAAUACAUAUGUAGUUAAAACAUAACCUCGCUGCUCACUUGAAAACAUGUUUGAUUUGCGUUUAUUUUGAAAAACGAGUGUAAAUUGAUAAGGGACCUCUUGAUUCAUUUGAUAUCUACCAUGACGAACAAUACUGCUACUAAGGUUAAAAAAAUAAAGACUUCAAAACGUACUCAAGAUUUUAAAGCUGUACAGCUUAAACUCACUAAAAGUUCGGUAGCACCACACACCGUAUAUCUUAAAGAACAUGUAGUCAGAGAACACACUGCAGACAAACCACAAGGUCGCACUUUGCUUAUAGUCAAUGUGCCCCCUUAUGCAGAUGAUAAAGGUAUUAGUAAUGCAUUCAGCGAAGCUGGCACUGUACAAUCAGUUCAACUAUGUUUGAAACCUUCCACUGCUGAAGUUAAAUCAAUUAAAAAAUUCUUACCCGAUCCAAGCAUAACCACAUUUAAAGCAGCCUACAUAGUAUUUAAGAAAGUUGCAGAGCUAGAUAAAGCACUAAAACUAACUGAAUUACAACCAAUGAAUUCAGAAGAUCACCAAAUUAAAACAGGAAUCAAAAAGUGGAUUGAAGAAUACAACAACAGCAUUGUUUUACCAAAACUGCUAAAAGAAAAUGUGGAAACAUUUAUGAAAGAAUUUGAUGCAAAUACACAAAAAGAAAAUAAGAAAGAGAAGGAAUUAGAACAAGAGGAUGAUGAGGGAUGGGUGACAGUUACUAAGAGGGGUAAAGUUCAAAGCUUUGCAAGAUCGGAAAAAGUAGAGAAUAAAAUUAUGCAGAAAGAAGAGAAGAAUAAAAAACGAAAGGAGCUGAAGAACUUCUAUACUUUCCAGAUAAGAGAAUCGAAGAUGAAGCACAUUGUGUCACUUAGGCAAAAGUUUGAGGAAGACAAGAAGAAAAUAGCACAGAUCAAACAGAGUAGACGGUUUAAACCAUUUUAGUAUUAAUAAAACUAUAUUUGUAAUUA